AAAACAGUUUCUUUUCAGUUUAAAAAGAAUAUGGCCGUGUUAGGGCCGUGUGUAAGUGUAAAUAUGAAUGGGCACAAUAAUAUUCAUAGUCAGUUAACAAAAUCGUUAGAGAGAAUUUUGGAAGAUGCUUAUUUGAGUGGUGAAUUAAAACUAAGUGGACGCAAGUUGAGGGAGUUUCCUAAACCAGUGAAGUAUGACCUGAGCGAUACAGUUGUAGCUGAUCUGUCAAAAAAUCGAUUCAGUGAAUUACCAGAUGAACUCACGUCAUACGUGUUUUUAGAGAAGUUACUAUUAUCACAAAACAUCAUCAGAACAGUCCCAAAUGCAGUUGGAGGUCUCCAAUCACUCACAUAUUUAGAUUUAAGUUCAAACCAGCUCACAGAAUUACCACGUGAAGUAUGCCAGAUGCCACUUCAAGUGCUUUUAGUACCCGACAAUAUGCUAAGUACUUUACCGAAGGAGAUUGGCAAGAUGACCUCGCUGGCUGAGCUAGACGCCUCGAACAACAGGCUCACGCAGGUCCCCAUGACACUUGGGGAUUGCGCUGGUCUGCGGGCACUCGACCUUAGCAAUAAUCAGCUGGGACUACUGCCGUUACAGAUCACAUACCUCAGGCUGGAACACCUGGACGUGAGCUGCAACUGCAUAUCUUCACUGCCACUGGAACUCCGAAACAUGAACACAAUCAUUACGCUUAACCUGGACAACAAUCCCCUUGUUUCCCCACCUACUACAAUAUGCAUGCGCGGGCGUGUGCAUAUAUUCAAGUACCUAGAAAAUAUGGCGAAUAAAGACUCGUUGCCGGCACAUAGACGAGUGGACGAAACACGACGGUCAGCUAAACACAGUUCUUACAUCAAUAACUCCCCAAACCAAAGUACGACGCAUCAGAUCACCUCGGGCAACGCUACCAUAGACUGCUUGAGGCAUAAACCGAGACAUGUCGUCGAUAGUGGAUACAGCACCGAUGGAGUCGACAAACGAUGGUCUAAUGAUGGUGGCGGCGAGGCCGGUGGAGGGGGUGGCAGUGGACGAUCAACUCCUAGCACACCAUCCACAUUGUCACCAGGCGCAGCCCUGUCCAGGGCACAGUCACUAUCCAGUGAGACACCCCUAGCACCGCUCACCCCUUUACUCUCCGGCGUCCGUAUUUCACCCGAUGGGAACAUGUCGAAUGGCGACGAUAAGAGUAAAUUAGCCCAUCAACAAACCUACAGACAAUACAAAGAAGCCUUAAGACAGCAGCGUCAGCAAGACAUCUACCGCCCUCGCACGGACCAGCCGUCUCCCGAGCUGGACUCGUCCCCGCACUCCCAAAACCAGAGCCCCAUCCACCAGAAAUCCUCCCACUCCCCAGUCAACGGAUACAGCAGUAAUGUAUCACCUAGUCUAUACAAAACCGCCUCUUCCAAUAGUAGUCUAUCCAAUACCUCAUCCCCAAACCUAUCCCAAGUGCCAAAUUCCCCUCUCCUUCACUCAACCCCCAGAAGAUACCAAAAUCAGUCGACAAAUGGAAACGGUGUUGUUGAGAAACAAGAAGAGAACAAAAGGCCCGUGCAAAAAGUAGUGCCAUCGAGAAAUGUCAAUAGUAAGGUAUACUCGACUGUUAAUGGGAACGUGGAGUAUAAUGGACGCGUUAAUGGUCAAUCGGAUACGUAUAUUAAACCUACGUCCCCAUCAAAAUCUCCCACGAAUACGAUUGGGUACAAUAGUCUAGGUAAGUCGAGUAUACCGCGGCAAGUGAACGGGGACAGUACUAAGGUGCUGACGACUAGUGUGUCGUAUUUAAAAGGUGCUGCGCCAAAGCCCCCCGGCAAGAUGGCGUGGAAUAAGGACGCUCCGGUGGACAAACUCAGCUUUACCAUGAAGAGGGAAUUCGAUAAGCAGAAGGAAGAGCUGGAUCUGUUGACGCAGUUACGAUCGAUAAUCGAGUCCCGCCUGAAGAUGUCGCUACCGGAGCAGUUGGCGCCGGUCCUGAGUGACGGAGUAGUGUUGUGCCACCUCGCCAACCACGUGCGGCCGCGCUCCGUCGCGUCCGUACACGUACCCUCGCCCGCACAGGUACAUCACUAUGACAGGCCCAAGCUAACAAUGGCUCGAUGUAGAAGAAACGUGGAUAAUUUCCUAGAAGCGUGUCGAAAAAUUGGAGUAGAAGAGGAGGCCAUCUGUUCACCCGAAGACAUACUGGGGACCCUGCACUGCGACGGGGACUCGAGUGUCGGGCCUCUCGCUCGCACAGUGACCGCACUGCUCACACACGCCACGCCGCACGCCGCUAGUAGGGAUAUCAGACCCACACACUCCGACACACACUCGCUACAAGACGACUACUACACCAGCGACGACCCCGACUCCUCCAUCGAAGUCAAUUACUACCAAAGGCAGCUCCGAAGAUACUCCGAAGAACGAUUCAUUAGCAACUUUAAUUUCUCCGACAACAAUCAACACUACACCAUCGAUGAAUCCGAGGAAUAUCUGAACAACGAGAACAAUAACACGGACUCGGGCAUACACUACUCACCGGUUUAUGGAACCAACGAGCUAAGGAACAGAGGACCCUAUUACCAAACCAAUAGAGUCCAAUUCGUGACGCCUUUCUGUAAAGAGGAUCACGUACUAAAAAGCGAUAAUUUCGAAAUAUACGAUACUGACGAAGUUGAUUUUCCGACGGAAUUAUUGAGGGAAGAGGUUGAUACUGAGAGAUAUGACAGGGGAAAAAUGAAUCUCCAGAUACAGAAUAAUCUGAACAGUGUGAUUUCUACUGAGACUGAGGCUCCCAAGGAGGUCGAGAACAAAGUUCUUUUCACUUGUCUAUGCCUUGGCACGUUCUUCGUGUCCACCAUUUUGCUAAUUAUGUACCCGUUGUAAACUUCUUUAAAACUGUGACCGACGAUUUGAGCCCAGAUUUUACAUGUUCAUUGAAUUACACACAAAUAAGCAGGGAUUAAAACAGACUAAAUCAUUCUUACCUAAUGCACAAUUCAAAAAGGUGAUCUGAUAUUUAAAUAAGUUAAAUUCAGAACAAAAAUCCCCUAUAUGAGCUAAUCACAAAACAAACAUGCAUUGGCUAUUUAAAGUAAGAAAUUAAAAACCAAAAAUGAACAUCAGUCGGUCUCUUUAUACAUUUUUCAUGAUUACUUUGGGAGUUUGUCAAGAACGGUGAAGCUAAUAUGAAUUUGCCUUUAACACAGUCUGACUGUGAACGGUUUACGAAUUUGAAACGAGGCUAGUUUUUUUUUAAAUGAUCUUGAAACAAAGUCUGAAAGGAAUUGGAAGGUAUUUCGAAGGAUUUUAUACAACGGAAUUUGUAUUUUAAUGAUAAAGACAUGUACGGUUGCAAUGGAUUUAAUAUUUUUCUUUGUGUUGAUUGGUAUAGAUUUAUAAAUUAAGUAAUUGGUUAUAAUUCCAUUCGUUAUAAGUUCAUUCCCAUUGGAGGCAUUUAAAUUUAUUAGUUACAUAGUUUGUUUUUUUAUAUACUUUUUUUUUACUUUAAAUAUUUUGCCAAUUGGUUGCUAUUGUCGGCUAUUAUUUGCGUUUGAUUUUUUAUAACGUUUUGCAGACUGUAGUUUCAGCUAAACGCGAAAGACUUGUAUAAUACACAAGGAGUAAGAGAGAUGGCAAUAUAUGCGCAUACGCAAGUCCGAAGCUAUUUUACAGUCUGCAGAACUAUUAUUCCCGAGAUCUCAUCGUUUGUUGUGUUAUAGAGUGAUUCGCUAUUAAGUAUUAUUUAAGAUUUUUUCGCCUUUUUUUGCAAAUAUUAAUGCAAUUCUUAUACGUAGCAGCCGUAAGGUUAAGUAGUCUUUUUGCACCAAAAUACGAUACAAUUUUACACGUAAUAGGUAGCACUAUUUACUUGUAAACGUUGCAAUAGAAUAAAUCUACGAUUACAUAAGGACUGUAGUUUUAAAAACAGUUUAUAAGUAAAGAUAUAAAGAAUAAAAAAAGUUACUCAUACUAUGAAUAUUAAUAUAGCAGACUACCCAUUUAGAGGGUGAUGUGUUAUGUGAUUCUGGGUGAUUGAUAAAACGGUAGAUUUUUUAAUAAAGACACGUAGAUUGGUAGUAUGUAUUUGGCAAUGGAUUUGAAUAGUUUUAAGAUCAAUGGCGCACAAAUAGAAUUGUUUUAUGUGUAUACGAGUAAGUUACAUAGGCAGCUACAGAGGCUAUACAUGGAGAGACGGGUUCUUAAAAAUGUAAAGAAAAAUAUAACUUGUCUUAGUUAUAAAGGGUUAAAAUAGUGAUCGAUAUUGACUGUCUAUGGUGUUACUAUCCUCGAUAAAGGAGAAGGGCAAGAAUAUAAAAGGGUUAAACAUUAAAAAAUAUAUAUAUUUAACAAUGUAUAGCGACACACAACAAACUUCAGAAUCACAUAACACAUAAAAAUAAUUCCAAAAUUAAAAGUACAAUAAAUCUUACUCGUUGAAACAUUGGUGCAUGAAGUAUUAUUGAAAUGAAAGGAAAUGUAUUAAUUAUAAUAUAUUAUAUACGGAUUAUACGUAGCUUAGCUGUUUACUCGACGUUUCUUAUAUAAUAAGAAUUAUAUGCCUUAAUCGAAACAUCAUAUCGUUAUUGUAUUAUUAAUGCAAGAGCUAUGUAAAAUGAUUUUUAGGUACAUGUUAGGUAGCGGUGCGCAUUGUGUGAAAAAUAUAUUUAGUUGGUACAGAAUUACAGAAAUCCUCAAAUCCUCUAUAAAUGACUGCCUCGUUGUUUGAGUGGUCGCAAGUGCGACUGUCGGACAAGAGGUCUCGGGUUCGAUUCCCAGGUCGAGCAAAGCAUUACUGGGUCUUUUCGGUUUUUCGAAAAUUUCUCAGUAGUAGCACGGAGUCUGGAAUUGUGCCCAGUAUAUGGCAAUAGAUUCACCCUCUAUUACAUUGGACUUAAAUUAAAAAUGGUGAAAAGUGGGAGUACAUUGAAUAGCGGCAUUACGUGCCGUAAUGUGCACUCCUACCUUUUGGGGAUAAAAGGCAAAGUGAAGUUGCAAAAAAAUCCAGAAAUAAAACUAAGAGACUGGUUAAAACGUUUUGCCUUUAGUUAUUUUUAUUUGGUAUCAAAUUCUGUAGUAAUUUCAAAGACUAGUAGAAACAUUUUGUUAUUUUUUUUAUCAUAUACAUGAUUUUUUGAUCUGUUAUACAUUAUGUAGAAAUAGUGUGCAAUGCGUACCGCAUCUAAAUUAGGCAACUUUUUCAUUGGUAGUUGUAGUAAUUAGUAUUUCGAGGCUUUAUGCAUAACAAUUUUAUGAAAGAUUUAAGUAUUAAAAGACAAAUUUUACAAAAAAAAGAACUUAUGAUAAUUUAACCGAUAUCUUUAACUGAAGCCAACUAACUGAUGAUGCCAAUAAGAUCAAAUAAAAUGUUAUAAUAUAUUUAUAUUAUAUAAUAUAUAACAGUAACAAUAAUAUGACAAUGUUUUACGCAUUUAAUAACGUAACAGAAUAUGACAAGUUUAUUAUUAUUCGUAAAUAUAUAGAAAUAUAAUUAUUAUUAUUAUAUUGUAACCAUUCCAAAGAUGUGUUUAUAAAGACUGUAGCUUCUGUUAAUCGUUUUGCAUAAACUAUACCUUAUAUUAUAAAUUUUACUAUCGCUGUUUCAUAUCUUCUCACUAAUUUUGUCAUGUAGUAAUCUCGAAAGUUAGUUUUUCUAUGACUUGUUUAAAUUGUUUGGCGUGUUUUAUUACUUUUCUAGAUAAAAGGUAAGCGUCCACACGCCCGCAUCGUACGCAUCGUACGCAUUCCGUAUGACGUCAUAAGUACGCAUCGCAUGUAGGCAUUGCUGAUGAUGCGGUCCGUACGAUGCGGAUCAAUGGACGCAGUUGUAUGAGUUUCUAUACAAGACAAACUAAAUUCCGUUACGUGCGAUGCGUACGAUGCGGGCCUGUGCACGCAUCAAUAAAUCUAUGUGAUUAACUGUCAUACUCAGAUACAUUUAGAGAUUACGUUCUUAACAAUUGUUUUCGAUACAAAAUCGUUACUAAGGAAUAGUUUAAGUAAUCUUUAAAUAUUCCCGGCAGUGCGGCAGUUAAUCUAAUCUAAAAGUUUGAUUGUACACUGACCUACAUUUAUUAAUAACAUUUGAUUAUGAUUAUGAUCGUUGAUUACAUUUUAUUAUCUUAUAUUUUUUGUUUAUGCGAAACCCGGUUCCUUCUAUUUUUGUUUACAAGUACACGCCGGUAAUUGAGAAACUGAUAGACGAAGAAUAAAAUGCGCUAAACAGUAAAUUAUUAUAUUUAAUAACUAUUAUUAUUCUGGUCAUAAGCUAUUUUGUAUAUGUGGUACUUUCUUUCCUAGCUUCGUAACAUUAAAUCUUAUUUUUAAAGCUUUAAAGUCGCAAGUACAAUGCUAAUUAAUACUAUUAAGAGAUGAUAAAUGUUUAAUAUAUAAUUUAAAUGCUUUUAGCGUACAUAUAUUUAUUAGCUUGUGGUGCUUGGGUACUUAUUUACGUAUACUGUAGUGACUGGUUUUAAAUUAAAACAAAAUGUAUGAAGAUGCCUUUAUAUUAACAAAAAACACGAUUACAAUGCCACUAACUUUCGAUUUAAUCGAAAUAGACUUUAUGUUCUAACAGUAAAGUUUCAUUUCGUCUGUAAAUGUUGAUUGAAGUACUAACUCUGAACAAUUUUAAUAAGUACAUCUUUAAAGUAAAUAAUUCAAGUAUUUCUUGCCAAUCAUUUCCUAUUAAAACCAGUCUUUAAUAUCUUUUCCAUUUAUUGUUAAGUAUACAUUAAGACAUUUGUAAUUUUUCCUUCGUUUAAUUUUCUAUUUUCAGUAUUAUAUGUUAGAGUGUAAUUUUGCAUUUAAUAACACGCAUUUUUCUCACAUUAAUGCACUUUUAUAACAAAGAGAGAGAUUUCAUUACGUUUUUCUACUAAAAAUAGUGACUUUUUUGACAUAUUGUUUUUUGGCUAUUAGUCAUAAGUUUAUUAUAGACGGAUGUUUGAAGUGUACUUUUUUUGUAUGUACUUACAAUGUUCAACUACUUAAAGAAAUAAAUUUCUUAUUGGCAAA